AUGGCGCCCUCAGCGGAGCAGGUCCUUCAGCAUGCUGCUUCGACUCUAAAUCUUCUAGUGGGGCCAGGCUUUACAGUGAACUACCUACAGUCGGUACUAGUUCCUUCCCAUCAAAUGGAGUUCCUAGGGUCACUCUUAAACUCACUCGACCUAAGCCUCAGCCUCCCCAGGGACAAAAUAAGAAAGAUCCAGUCGAAAUGCCAGGAUCUGUUAAACACCCCGGUUACUACUGAAAGGGAAUUGUCAAAAUUCCUUGGCCUCCUGUCCCCAUCCAUACAGGCAGUCUUUCCAGCUCCCCUCCACUAUCGGUACCUCCAACAAGCGAAAAACUCUGUCCUCAGAUUUCGCAAAUCUUACGAAGCUGUAGUCCAUCUAGACUCGGAGUACCUCCAAGAGGUACAGUGGUGGAAAGACAACCUAGUAGCAUGGAAUGGGAAAGCCCUGUUCCAACAAUCAACAGAUUUGGUCAUAGAGACCGAUGCCUUACGUCAAGGAUGGGCAGCCUAUUGUCAAGGGAUGUCGACAGGAGGCAGAUGGCUCUCCGAAGAUACUUCAUACCAUAUCAAUUGCCUAGAAUUGCAAGCAGGCUCACUAGCCAUAAUGUCCUUCACCAACAACAAAGCCAAGGCUCAGGUACUAUUGCUGAUGGACAACAUUUCAGCAGUAACCUACAUAAACAAAAUGGGAGGGACACACUCCCCCAUGCUAUGUUACCUAGCCAAAAAUCUAUGGGAUUGGUGCCUCACCCACAAUAUCUCGGUGACAGCGCGCUACAUCCUAGGAAUACAGAAUACAGGGAAUACAGGGAUACAGGGAAUACAGGGAAAACAGGGAAUCGAGAGUAUUUCUAGAUUCCAGCGAUUGGAAACUUCAUCCAGGGGUUUUCAACCGCCUCCAUGAGAAGUGGGGUCCCCCGAAUAUCGACCUCUUUGCCUCCCGUCUCUCUUACCAACUAGAUCAGUUUGUAAGCUGGCGUCCAGACCCUCUAGCAAUUCACACGGAUGCAUUCACCCUGGACUGGGCGACCUUUCGGGGCUAUGCCUUUCCUCCAUUUGCCCUGAUAGGCCGUUGCCUUCACCAAAUUCAGAGCCAGCAGGUGUCACACAUAAUGUUUGUAGCACCAGUUUGGCCAGCUCAACCCUAG